AUGGACUACAACUCCAUUCCCACCCCCGGGGCGUGCUACGCUGACUUUUGUCUCAUCCCGGUCGGCACGGGCAAUGUUUCGGUGGCGGAGGAAGUCGCGCAGGUGCAGCGCGUUCUGGAAGCCAGCGGGUUGAAGUACACUCUUCACUCGGCGGGCACAACCGUCGAGGGCAGCUGGGACGACGUCAUGGCGGCCAUUGGCAAGGCGCAUGCGGUUGUGCAUCAGAGGGGCGUGGUGAGGGUGCAGUCGAGCAUGCGCGUGGGCAGCAGGACGGACAAGAAGCAGACUGCCGAGGACAAGGUCAAGAGGGUGGAGGACUUGUUGGGAAACAAGAGUUGA